UCGCGGCCGUACCCGCCGCUGCUCCCGAGCCCCUCCCGUGCUCCUGUGCAGAAGCUUCCAGAACGUUCUCUGCGGCUGCAGGGGGUGUGUGUGAGCCCCGGGGGUUUCUGGGAACUCAAGCGCCUCCAGGCGCAUUCGAAGAGCUGCUGCCGUGAGCUGCGGACGCUCGUCGGACGCUCUUCGAACUCUUGGCGUGGGGCGGCGGAGCCGGGACUCCAAGCGGAGAAGGCCGCACCUGAGACUGUGACAGUAGCUGAUAUCCUGUGCAGUCAUGCUCCCUUCACCCAGCUCCCCUGCUAUGGGGCUGUCCAUGCUGCGCGACUGGUGCAGGUGGAUGGGUGUGAAUGCGCAGCGCUGCCUACUCAUCAUGGGCAUCCCUGAUGACUAUGAGGAAGAUGCAUUUCGAGCAACACUGCAGGCUGCGCUGAGACCCUUGGGCAGAUACCGAGUGCUGUGCAGGGUCUUCAGAAAGGAGCUUGGAGCCAGGGUCGCUUUGGUGGAGUUCGCUGAGUAUUUAAACCGAAGUUUGAUCCCCCAACAAAUAACAGGCCAUGGGGAACCCUGGAAUGUGAUCUUCCUACCCCAAGUUCCUGAUUCUGAUUUACAGGAUCCUGCACGGUCCCAGGGGCAAGCAGUGGAAGAAAGCAUGGGCAAAGGAGGAGCUGCAGCUGAGGGAGGAGCUGCAGCUGAAGGAGGAGCUGCAGCUGAGGGAGGAGCUGCAGCUGAGGAAGAAGCUGCAGGAGUUGCAGGUGAGGCAGGAGCUGGAGCUGAAGAAGCUGCAGGAAUAGCAAGUGAGGCAGGAGCUGCAAGUGAGGCAGGAGCUCCUGGUGAGGAAAGCUGUGCAGGUGAAGGAGGAAUUUCUGAUGAGGGAGGAUCUGCAGAUGAGGAAGAAGCUUCAGGAGAAGAAAGUGAGGCAGAGCCUGCAGAUGAGGAAGGAGCUGCACUUGAGGCAGGAGCUGCAGAUGUGGCAGGGGCAGCAGAUGAGCCAGGAGCUGCAGAAGAGCCAGGAGCUGCAGAAGAGCCAGAAGCUGCAGGAGAGCUAGGGGCAGCAGGGGAUGUAGAUGAAGCAGUAGCUGUAGGAGAGCCAGGAGCAGCAGGUGAGGCAGGAGCUGCAGGUGAGGCAGGAGCUGCAGGUGAGGCAGGAGCUGCAAGUGAGGCAGGAGCUGCAGGUGAGCCAGAAGCAGCUGGGGCUGCUGCUGAGGCAGGAGCAGCAGAUGUGGCAGGAGUUGGGGGAGAGCCAGGAGCAGCAGGAGAUGCAGGUGAGGAAGGAGCAGCAGGAGAUGCAGGUGAGGAAGGAGCAGCAGGAGGUGCAGUUGAGGCAGGAGCUGCAGGAGAGCCAGGAGCAGUAGGGGCUGCAGGUGAGGCAGGAGCAGUAGGGGCUGCAGGUGAGGCAGGAGAUGCAGGUGUGGCAGGAGCUGCAGCUGAGGCAGCGGCUGCAGGUGAGGCAGGGGCUGCAGCUGAGGCAGGAGCUGCAGGUGAGCCAGGAGCAGUAGGGAUUGCAGGUGAGGAAGGAAUAGGUAUGGCAGGGGCUGUAGGUGAGGCAGGAGAUGCAGGUAUGGCAGGAGCUGAAGGUAUGGCAGGAGCUGCAGGUGAGGCAGGAGCUGCAGAUGUGGCAAGAGCUGCGGGUGAGGCAGGAGCUGCGGGUGAGGCAGGAGCUGCGGGUGAGGCAGGAGCUGCGGAUGAGGCAGGAGCUGCGGAUGAGGCAGGAGAUGCAGGUGAGGCAGGAGAUGCAGGUGAGGCAGGAGAUGCAGGUGAGGCAGGAGAUGCAGGUGAGGCAGGAGAUGCAGGUGAACCUGGAGCAGUAGGAGGUGCAGAUGAGGAAGGAGCUCCAGGUAUGGCAGGAGCUAUAGGUGUGGCAGCAGCUGCAGGUGUGGCAGGGGCUGCAGGUGAAGCAGGAACUGCAGAUGAGGCAGAUGAGGAAGGAGCUGCAGGUGACACAGGAGUUGAAGGUGCUGUAGGAGUUGUGGGUAUGGCAGGAGCUGCAGGUGAGGCAGGCCCUCCAGGAGAAGAAGGGGCCUGGGGUGUGGCCACAGCCACACAUAGAGCAGGAGCCCAGCAUUGGGGCCAGGCCCUGCAACCCAUCCUGGAAAACAUGGCGUACCAGGAACUGAGACCCUUUUCUGGCAUGGAAGAGGCAGAUCCUGAGGAGGAGUCCUUCGAGAGCUGGCUGAAUCAUGCCAACGACAUGCUGUACCUGUGGCGCCAUGUAUCGGAGAGGGAGAGGAGGAGAAGGCUGGUGGAGUGCUUGGAAGGCCCUGCCCUGGAUGUCAUUUAUGAGCUCCUGGAAGAGCACCCAGAUACCCCUGCGCAGGACUGCCUGGCUGCGCUGGUGCAGGUGUUUGGGAAUAAGGAGAUCCGGGCGGCCGCACGGCUGAAGUUUCUGAUUUGCUCACAGUGGCCUCAAGAGACUCUCUUAGCCUAUGUGAUACGCCUGGAAGGCCUCCUGCAGGCGGCUGUGGAGAAGAGGGCCAUCCACCCAGCCACUGCAGACCAGAUGCGAGCCCGGCAGGUGCUGAUGCGGGCCCGGCCAAACUGGACUCUGCAGAGAAAGCUGAGAAGGAUGCGCCUGGAGAGGCGGCCCCCUGGCUUCCAGGCACUGCUCCAGCUGGUGCGCGAGACCGAGGCCUGGGAGGCUGCCUUGGCCAGGGGUGAAGAGUUGGGAGGAGAGGCCGCCGAGGCUGGGCCUUCCCACAGAGAGGUUGCAGGGUCUGCCCCUGUCCUGGAAUGUGCGUCGCAGGCCUCCCCAGCCCAGGAAGAGGCCAGCGGCGAGGCUGCUGAUCCUGAGUGUGCUGCUGAGGCUGCUUCUGAUACCGAUGAUGUCCCAAAAGCAACCACUCAGGAAGAUGAAGGUGCUGUUGAUCUUGAAGGCCUAGGCCAGGAAGGGCCCUCUGAUGCCCCUGGGGCUGCCACCUCAGCUCUGGUGGGCACUGCUUCUGUGUCAGGCCCAGGAGGGUCUGGCUGUGGGCCAGAGAGCCUUGCCCAGGCAGGAGAGGAGGAGGUUGAGGAGCCCAUGCUGAGCGGGCUCAAGGCUGUCCUGGAGGAGUUGGCAAACGAAGAUGGGGCUGGGGAGAUGAGCUACCCCAAGUCCUCCUCAAGAGAAUAGGCUCAGAAAGCCCAGGGGCCUCCUCUCUGCUCAGGCAGCAGGGCCCUUGGGUCAGGGGGGGCGAGGCCAGUGCCACUCGUGACCCUGCACCUGGAGCAGAAGCCAGGGAAAGGCCUGGCCAGCCUCAACCAAACUCCCGCAUCUUUACACUCCCCAGGGACUCUGGCCACCACCAUCUCCCCUUCCAAAUGACUCAGGUGACCAUGGGUACACUAUGGAAAAGAGGCCAUCUUAAGUGUGCCAGCUGCCUGGCUCUCUCAGAAGAGGGGACUGCCCCAUCACUCCUCCAUUCAUUGCUGCUGUCCCUGACGCAGACCACUUUGUGUCCCGGGAAGCCCACUCCUAUCUAUUAGGGCCUCGAGUGACUUAUGGUGCAGGCAAACACCCAUCACACUAGCCACUGUUCUUGGGCAAAGCUGUGAGGUGUGUGUCAACCCUGAGCAGAGGUCCUGGCUCACCCUGCCCACCCAGCCUUCCACCUACAGGCCUGGGCACCUGCUGUGAGCUUCCUCCUGUGCCAGCCAAGGCCCUGCCUGUUCCUGUCCAGCGUAGCAAGCUCAACCUCUACUUUUUACGAGUACAUCUGGGCUUAUCCUCAUGGAGUUGUGUGUAUUCUCAUCUGAGCAGUUCCUGUCCAGAGACCUUGAGCCCACUUGCAGAAGGAGGAGGGAAGGAUGGAUGAUGAUGAUGGAGUCACACUGUGACUGACUGUGACUGUGACUGUGACCAUGUUCGGGACUACAACUUUGGACAGGAAGAACUUUGGACCAGAGAUGGAGGGAGAAGGCGGGAAUUUGCUUUGAUGUUCUACCCAUGUUGUUAUUUGUUUAAUUUCUGUGGUGUGUUGAUCAUUCCUUGUGCUUUCUGAUGUCUUGGGAUUACUUUUGCUGGGCAUUGUGUAGGAACCACUCCACAGUGGCUCAGCCCCAUAGAGAACUCCCUAAAGUGAAUGAGUAUUGUCAGAGGCCAUUGUACUGGCCAGAGGCAGGUCUGGGCUCCUCAGGGAGGGACAACAUGGCUGGAGAGCCCCAGCGUGGGAGGCGGAUGAGAUACCUUGUCAGGAGUCCUGGGGCGGGCAGCACCUGUGGCUUGUAGUGGUUGUAAGGGGUCUGACUGUGGUGACAUCCCCUUCUUUUCAAUGUUUUGUUAAUGUUUUUCUUCAAUAAAUUUUAUUAAGUGUUGCAACUGA